UUGCGUGACUCGUUGGUUAGCGUACGUGACGCCGCGCCACCUCCCUCUUCUCUCCUCCCUUUGUGCGGUUGACAAGCCCCUUCUCGGUCAGGACUGGAACACAGAGAGAUAAUGGCUGUACCUCCGACCUACGUUGACCUUGGAAAGUCUGCCAAGGAUGUUUUUACCAAGGGAUACGGCUUUGGGCUCAUCAAGCUGGACUUGAAAACAAAGUCUGAGAAUGGACUGGAGUUCACCAGCACAGGCUCUGCCAACACUGAGACCAGCAAAGUCGCAGGUUCCCUGGAGACCAAAUACAAGUGGGCAGAGCACGGACUGACCUUCACAGAGAAGUGGAACACAGACAACACCCUGGGAACAGAGAUCACCCUUGAAGACCAGUUGGCUAAGGGGCUGAAGCUGACGUUUGAUUCCUCCUUCUCACCAAACACUGGCAAGAAGAGUGGAAAGAUCAAGACGGGCUACAAGUGUGACCACAUCAACCUCGGCUGCGACGUGAACUACGACAUCAAUGGUACAGCCAUUCAUGGAGCAGCAGUGGUUGGCUACGAGGGCUGGCUGGCCGGCUACCAGAUGACUUUUGAGGCUGGCAGGAACAGGGUCACCCAGAGCAACUUCGCUGUUGGAUACAAGACCGACGAGUUCCAGCUCCAUACAAAUGUAAAUGAUGGAACUGAGUUUGGUGGCUCCAUCUACCAGAAGGUGAAUGACCAGCUGGAGACAGCCGUUAACCUCGCCUGGACCGCUGGAAACAGCAACACCCGCUUUGGCAUCGCUGCAAAGUAUCAGAUCGACCCUGACGCAUCCUUCUCUGCCAAGGUGAACAACUCCAGCCUUGUGGGCCUGGGCUACACUCAGACUCUUAAGCCAGGCAUCAAGCUUACCCUCUCUGCUCUCCUCGAUGGCAAGAACAUCAACGCUGGUGGCCACAAGCUUGGUCUCGGCUUGGAAUUCCAGGCAUAGGAGGAUGAGGCUUCUUUUCCUCCCAACACACAUGCACCCCCCCCCCCUUUCCAAAAAUAAAUAAAUCCUUUACUGAUUAGCUAGCCCUCACAAAACCCUUGUUCCCCCUAGAAAUGCUACAGCUGGAUAAAGAAGACAGCUUAAAGGUCAAAUUGUUCUUUCAAUGAUCUACCACUUUUAAAGGACCACUUAAAGGGAACAUUAUUUUGUCAUAAUACAGAGCCAAUGCUCAGAACAAAACCACAAUGGAACGUUUUAUCAUGAAUUAUGUAGCUCACAUGGGAAAGGUAGCUUUUUGAGGACAUAGAUGUUGGCCUCACUCUUUGUUGUUUCACUACAUUCCUACAUGAUGCUUUAAUUUCUUAGCGUUCCAACCCAGAGAAAAGGGAAAAAGAAACUAGCUCAAAAUGCGUACAGGACUCAACACAUCCAGCAUACAGUUGAGUAGUUAUACAACUAGAUGGUGCUGUUACAUUGCAUCAUUAAGCACUCCUGGCUCUAAAGCAGUAGUGGUGACAACUGUUACUUCCACACCUCUUCACUUGAGAGCUCUACUGUCUGUCUUAAUAUUAUCUUAUUCAACAGAGAGGGUUAGUUGUCCCUGGUGUAAGCUGCUGUCAGUUGCCCUAAAAGACAGUUAACCCCAGUGUAUACUUUGUGUGUUUUUGUCUCACUUGUUCUUUGUCUGUGCAUUUGGUGUAAAACAUGUCUUUUGUUACAUAAAGCAAAAAGAACAUUAUUUUAUUGACAGUCUUACAUAGUUUAUUCCACAUGUGAAGUCUUAUGAAAGUGAGGAUCUGUUGAUUAGAGCCAAUAAAAGAAAAAUGUAUCAUGCACACAGUGAAACCCAGUGGAGGAGAGUUACAGGACUUCUUUAAAGAAGGACGCUGAAUAUAAUGAAUAUAAUGGAGAGGUGGUAGUCUUCCACAACUGGUUAUGGGAAUCGUACUUAGUGUUACUGACAGUAUUGCCAUUCCCUGAAUUAAAUAAAGAACAUCUUGAACCAGUU